AUGUCUGCAGAUCACGCUAGAGAUCCAUGUCCAAUAGUCAUUCUUAAUGAUUUCGGUGGUGCGUUUGCAAUGGGUGUCAUUGGUGGUUGCGUAUGGCACGGUAUAAAGGGGUUCAGAAAUUCCCCACACGGAGAAAGAGGGUACGGAGCACUCUCGGCAAUCAAGGCCAGAGCACCAGUAGUAGGAGGUAACUUCGGUGUUUGGGGUGGUUUAUUUUCGACAUUUGAUUGUUCAGUUAAAGCUGUGCGUAAGAGGGAAGAUGCAUGGAAUGCCGUCAUUGCAGGGUUCUUCACUGGUGGUGCUUUGGCAAUUAGAGGCGGUUGGAAACAUACAAGAAACUCAGCUAUUACAUGUGCUUGUCUUUUGGGUGUGUUUGAAGGUGUUGGAAUGAUGAUGCAAAGAUUACAGGCACAGCCUACUAUGGCUCCUGUGUAUCCAGAAGAGCCUGCUAAACUUGCUGCUUAA